GCCCAGUCGGAAGGUGAGAACUUCAUCCUUGCUCAUUUCCAUGAAUGGUUGUCAGGAGUUGGCCUGGUUUUGUGUCGUAUUCGGAAACUACCCGUUGCAACAAUUUUUACAACUCAUGCAACGUUGUUGGGACGCUACCUCUGUGCUGGCAAUGUUGAUUUUUACAAUAGUCUGAAAAAUUUUGACGUUGAUAAAGAGGCUGGUUCAAGGCAGAUUUACCAUCGGUACUGCAUGGAACGAGCUGCUGUUCACUGUGCCCAUGUGUUCACCACAGUGUCAGAGAUAACCGCCAUGGAGGCAGAGCACCUACUGAAACGCAAACCAGAUGUGGUCACUCCCAAUGGACUCAACAUAAAGAAGUUCUCUGCUAUGCAUGAGUUCCAGAACCUACAUGCACGCAGUAAAAGUCACAUCCAGGAGUUUGUCCGGGGCCACUUCUAUGGAUGCCUGAACUUUGACUUGGAUAAGACCUUGUUUGUUUUCAUCGCAGGAAGAUACGAGUUCUCAAAUAAAGGUGCUGACAUAUUUCUGGAAGCUCUGGCCCGUCUAAAUUAUCUGCUCAAGGCAAACCGAAGUGAAGUAACAGUGGUUGCGUUUUUCAUCAUGCCUGCAAGGACCAAUAACUUCAAUGUGGAAACACUUAAGGGGCAAGCAGUACGAAAACAACUUUGGGACACCGCCAAUGUGAUCAAAGAAAAAUUCGGCAAAAAGCUUUAUGAGUCUCUCUUGGAAGGUGAUAUGCCCAAUAUAAACUCCAUUUUGGAUCGGGAGGACUUCACUAUGAUGAAGAGAGCCAUAUAUGCUACUCAGCGACGUUCGUUGCCUCCUAUUUGUACACACAACAUGCUGGAUGAUGCUAAUGAUCUCAUUCUCAAGGCAGUCCGAAGGAUUGGGUUGUUUAAUAGCACGAGUGACAGAGUUAAGGUCAUCUUUCAUCCUGAGUUCCUGUCAUCCACGAGCCCAUUGCUUCCUUUGGAUUAUGAGGAGUUUGUACGUGGCUGCCAUUUGGGUGUGUUUCCUUCUUAUUAUGAGCCAUGGGGAUAUACUCCUGCGGAGUGCACAGUGCUGGGAAUCCCUAGCAUCACCACCAACUUAUCUGGCUUUGGAUGCUUUAUGCAGCAACACAUUGCUGACCCAGCAGCAUACGAUCUCUGGAUGACUCGUGCAAUCAACUGACCUCGUUCAUCUACAGCUUCUGUCAACAGACUCGUCGACAGCGCAUCAUUCAGAGGAAUCGCACAGAGCGCCUCUCUGAUCUGCUGGACUGGAAGUAUCUAGG